GUAAUAUCUUAUUCAUCUAUCUUUAGUUUUUACGGGGAUUUAGACGUAAAUAUGCGGAGCAGCGUUUUUGCAAUUGUAUUUUUAGGCACAUUGGCUAUGUACAUAAUACAAUACAGGGACUGGAUUGACUGGAACAAGAAGUUUAUUUACAAAGUCGCACCAGGUCCAUGUAAACAGGUUCUAUCAGAAGGAGGCUCGGAAGAUGUCACAUAUAUUGGCAAUGAUGUAGUUAUUAUGUCAUCAGGUUUGGGAGCAGGAGAGGGAGAAGGGGUUAUUAAAGCUCUGGAUCUUAACACAAGUCAAGUUGUUACCAUGGAAAUUCGAGGAGCACCUGACAGGAAAGAUUUUAUGACAAAGCCCAACGGAAUCUCUAUCUGGAAAAAUGAUAAUGGGAAGAUAUUUGUAUACGUUGUAACACACCCGGUAUCAGAAGAUAGGGUAGAAGUUUUCAAACUGAAAAAGAAUAACGUUUUGAAAUAUAAACGGACAAUCACCGAUCCACUAUUUGGCAACAUGAAUGACUUGGUAGCAGUAGGGCGUGACCAGUUCUACAUUACUAAGUGUCUCCAUUAUCGUGACAAGCCUCGGAGUACAUUUGAAUACAUGUCACAAAGUGCAUGGGGAUCUGUACUUUAUUUUGAUGGCACAAAAGCAAGACCUGUUGUACCAUCUGGUCUUUUUAUGCCAAAUGGAAUUAACAUUUCACCUGACAAAAAAAUGAUCUAUGUAUCAGAGUUUGGAAACAAGAAAUUACUCGGCUAUCACAGAUCGGAAGAUAACCUUCUGACGAAAGCUUGGUCGUAUGAUGUAUAUACAAUGGUUGACAACAUUGAGGUAGACCAAGAUACAGGUGAUUUAUGGGUAGGAUGCCAUCCAAUAGCGUUUAGAGCUUUGGACUGGAUGCUAAAUGCAUUUGGACUGACCCUGCCGUCUCAGGUAUUGCGUUUAAAGAUGGAAGACAAUAUGGUGUCCUCAAUUGAAGAAAUUUAUGCGGAUGACGGGUCAGAAUUAUAUGGUUCAACAGCAGCGACAUAUAUAAAAGGCAAACUAGUAAUUGGAACUGUCACGGCUGAGACUGUCCUGUGCGAGGUCAACUAUCUGUCACCAUCGCAUUCAUCAAAUAACCAGACAUUGAUAAAUUGAUCUAAAUGAGACCAAUGAAAUAUGAGGAUUUCCUUAUAGUUUUAGUGAUGAACUACGAAUGUUCAAACAUGAAUACAUUUUAACAAAUAAAACUGAUUCAUUGAUGAAUUGCCUUGAUAAUUUUAUUUGGCCCC